AUGCCUAUUCCUCCACCACCACCUCUUCCUCCCCCAGUUUAUUACCCUCAAACAACAACAACCAACCAAUCAUCUUCUAACGCGAAUGGCUCCAUAGAAGAAGGCCUUCCUGUUUCUCGUCAGCCACCAAUACGAUCGCCAUUGGAAAUGUUAUAUUUAAGCCUAAUUCAUAACUUUACACAGCUAUGUCUUGGUGGUGUCGUAAUAAGUGCAUUAAUCAUACCACUUUCUUUUCCCAUUAGUGUGUUAAUGCAACAUACUGUUUUAUGUACUGUUGGGUAUUUCAUCAUAAUGGCACAAGGGAUCUUAGCGUACAGUCCUGUCGGCUGGGCAAACCACUUGAAAUACGACAGUAAAAAAAUCAUUCAUAGCACAAUGCAAAUAUGUGGUUCCAUAUUGGCAAUCUCUGGUAGUGCUGUAAUAAUAGCUGAAACAAACUUAACAUUCACAACUUCCCACGGAAUAUGUGGUCUGGUCGCGACGAUACUCACUGUAAUUAAUCUACUAGCUGGGAUAUUUAAUAUGUUCUUUAAUCGAACAAGAAAACUCAUACUGCUGAAGAUUUUACAUAUUUGUCUCGGAGCCCUAACGAUCUCUGUGGCUUUUAUCGCUCUAAUAUUAGCCUUCGACUUGUAUUAUAGAGAGGAAAAUGGGGAUAUCAAUGCAAAUUUAGCUAUAGCACUUUCAGUUUUUGCUUUAUUUGGAAUAUUACUCUUGGCCUUGCUCAAUAAUAGGGCCGGGCAACCAUAG